AUGAUUAUUAUUCAGAGACCGUUGACGUGGGGACGCCGUUCGGAUGAAAUUCUAUGGACGAGAUUCGAGAAUUUGGCCGAUCUUAGACUUUUUGAUUCUAUUCUUCGAACUCAUGGAGGGUUGCAGAAUAUCGAGUCUAUGACUCAUCACAUGCAAUUUCGAAAAGUUUUCAGAUAUAAAACCAUGCGGUUAGAAAGCGGUAACAUAAAUGUUAAAACCAACAAUAAUCUUCGAAUACACGUCGAAAGGGUGAAUAAAAAUAUCGUAAGGUUGUACUUUGCAGCUAAUCGCGGCGCUCAAGCUCCAAUUCCGGUCAAUGCUGUUCUUAGGGACGUGACAAGCAAUCAAAAUGAAGUGCCGUACCGUAACGAGUAUUUUUUUACUUGGAUUCCCAAUUAUAUAUUGCUUCAGAAUGGUGUUGAAGUUCUUAGGUUAGAUAAUCAGAAACAGCAGGCGAUUAGUUACUUCUUUACAAAGUCCAUAAUUACGGUGGCCACCUUACAUGAUUGCAAAAAUUCAAAAUUCGAUUCUUGGGCCGUGGAUUUUAUCUAUGAAUACCUCUCACAUCGGAACUUUCUCCUUGAAUAUUUAAAAGAACUAGGAAUCCUUGCUAGUGGUAUUCACAUUCCGAAACUGGAUCCAUGUUCAGGAUACCUGUAUCAAAGUUGUCGCCCACCGGUGACUCAGACGAUAAAUCCGCUAACUCAAGAUAGUAUGAUCGUUGUAGGGGAUGAUGACACUGCAAGUAAUGAAAAUAAUAUCACCAUUAUGCGAAAUCAACCAUCAAACCAAGCCAUCGAUAAAUUACCAGGUCUGUUGCAAGAAUUAUCCACGCCUACCAAAAGUGAAUCCACCGAAGUUGAUGAGGACGAUGGAUCCGAGAAUUUUAUAUCGAAAGACCUAGUCAAAUUGUACCAAAAAGCGACCAAAGCGGAAAAACGCGUAACUUUCGCCUAUCAGGAAGAGAUUCGGUGUUGGUAUCACUUCACUGAGAAAUUCGAAAAAAGUGUCAAAGAUGCUAUGGAUAAUAAUAGCCGGCUUAACGAUCAACAAGCUAGGAGUCGGGUAUACGAUGAAGUCGCAAAACAUCUUCCUGACUUCACAAGGGAAAGCUUGCGUAAAAAAACUGCGAAGGCGAAAUAUUUGGGUUGCGUCGUGAUCCCAUUACUCUGA